GGGGGCAAGUGUGGCUGCCUGGCCUGGUUGUCCCCUGGCGCCGCCCGGACGCCGCGCGGGCCGCCGGCACCAUGAAGAUCUGGACGUCGGAGCACGUCUUUGACCACCCGUGGGAAACUGUCACUACAGCUGCAAUGCAGAAGUACCCGAACCCAAUGAACCCCAGUGUGGUCGGCGUGGACGUGCUGGACAGACAUGUGGACUCCUUGGGGAAGCUGCACAGCCACAGGCUUCUCAGCACCGAGUGGGGACUGCCUUCCAUUGUGAAGUCUCUUAUUGGUGCGGCAAGAACCAAAACGUAUGUGCAAGAACAUUCUGUAGUUGAUCCCAUAGAGAAAACAAUGGAACUGAAAUCCACUAAUAUUUCAUUUACAAAUAUGGUUUCAGUAGACGAGAGACUGAUAUACAAGCCACAUCCUCAAGACCCGGAAAAAACUGUCCUGACUCAGGAAGCCAUCAUCACUGUGAAGGGGGUCAGUCUCAGCAGCUACCUCGAAGGCCUCAUGGCGAGCACGAUAUCUUCCAAUGCGAGUAAAGGCCGAGAGGCGAUGGAGUGGGUGAUACACAAGCUGAACGCGGAGCUUGAGGAGCUGACGGCCUCUGCAAGAGGAAGCAUCAGGACCCCGAUGGCUGCUGCGGCCUUUGUGGAGAAAUGAGUCUGCGCAUCACCCCGCACCGGGUCCUCCAAGCUGGCAGUGUAUUUAUUUGUUAUUUUUAAAAAGACGACGAUAUUUUGGAUAGAAUGUUUUUCUAAUAAGCUGAAGAAAGGCUGUGUGACUUUUGAUCAAAACAAAGAGGUGCUGGGCUUCUAGUUAAAAGGGAUCAUCCAAAAUGAGUAUUAUUUGAAAUGACCCUCUGAUUUUGAGGAUUCCAGUGUUUAUGUGGAAAUCAGCAGCUUUGGAAACUUUGGAAGUUGGCACUGGCAUAUGAAAUCUCCUUUAGGCAGAAUGUAAAGGCUUUUCACACAGUGGUACUCUCCCUGGCUUUGUGCCAGCCCCACCCAAGCGCAGCCCCUUGCCUGCCACCCUGGCCCUGUGGGGACAGCUGAGAGCUUGCUUGAGCGGACUUGCGCUCAAGGGAGAAAUUGCCUAGUUUUGAAGGACCUUAAAUUGUAUAAAAUAAUUCGCUCUUCUGUAAACCACCAUUAAAAACCACAGUGUUUUCAUUUGGUACUUAAAUUACAUUUGAAUUACAUUUUUGGAGUGAAAAUUAUCACUAAAGUAAUAUAUGACUCCAACAAAAACAGGGUUUUAUUGUAUAAAAGAGUACUGGAUUGAUUUGCCAAAGUUCUGUGACUUAGUACAGCUAUUAGCUUCCUUGGAAGUGCACUUGAUGGUUUCACAUGCUGUACUGUAGGCUGGUUAUGUUAACUGAAAAAAUAGUCUUUACCGGAAUUUUGCAGCGCUCUAAACUUAAACAGAAGAACAGCUGUUCACAUCUUUCAGCAUUUCACAUUUGCCUAACUUAUAAAUUGCCAUGUGUCAAAAUCAUGGUUCUGUAAUUGCUAAAGCAUGAUAUGUCAGGUUAUUUGAAUAUAAUUACUUUUUGAAGUAAUUGUGACCACAAAACAUCAUUUUUCCAUGAAGAGCUGUACAUCAUUUAAAAUUACUCAGACGUCUUGAUCUGAAGCAUAAAUCCCAGGUACUUAACGUUUUUAAUAAUACGGUGCCGCUGCAGGGGCUGGGGGCGGAGGGAAGACAGCAGAAGAAAGGGCUG